CCACACGGGAAGUGGAAAUCAGGCCAGCUGGGAGAAUUCUCUGUGUAGCCGAUCUCUGGAGCUAUAAACAGUGACUCAUUCUCCCGCCCCACCCUCCCUGUCCCCUGCUCCGGGAAGAUGCCUGGUCACUCAUAUUUACUUUUGCUUUUUAUAAGUCACACAUGCGUUUGUGUUUCCUCUUUCCUGCAGUUUCUGGAAACUGAAAGUGUUAUCUGACGACCCAUAGAGUUUGAUGGAGGUAGACCUGAGCCCCGGUGAUCAAACACUACACUGUCUGGUGUUCAGGAGGGUACAGCUUCGCUUGCUUGAUGGCCUCGCCUGAGGUCAGAGGUCAGGGUUAGAGGCUUCCUGCUCUUCCUUGGGGCCAUGUGGUAUGGUAGGCGGAGAACACACACCCUUUACUAGGCUUCCUUUCCAGAGUCCCUGCCUCUGUCUAUAUUGCAGACCUUUCGUAGAGCCUUGAUACCCUGAAGGAGAGCUAGCAUCAGCAACACAAGCAGUCUGCUUGGCAGGAGCUCAUUGUGCAUGGAAGCUGCUGAAAGAAAGUUCUAGAACCAGGUCUAGAUCCAGGGAAAAUGCUGACUCCCCAAAGACAGCAAUUAGGAGGGCUUUCUGGAAGAAGUGGAAAUUGAAGAUAGAGUGGAGACCCCUUGUCUACCACAGCCAGGAACACUCAUCAGCCAGAGUAGGAAGGAAACCCAGGUAGGAAGCUCAGAAGGGAACCCCAAGUCGUAGAUUUAGCUGUAGGACAAUGUUCGAGGCACCAAUAUCAGAACUGGGGAUCUGGUACACCAAGGCUAGGGUCCAGAAAGAAGCUGGACCAUGCUUGGGGCUCGGUAGGUCAAAGCUGGUUCUACAAUUCCAGCACUUGGGAGGCUGAGGCAAGAGAAGGUCAGUCCCAGGCUAGCUUGGGCUGUAUGAGGCCCCAUCUUAAACAAACAGGUCUGGAGAGAUAACUCAGUCAAUAAAAUGUUUGCUUGAGCUCACAUAAAGAUGUUAGAUGUGGUGGCAUAUUCUGUUAUCCCAGUGUCGGGGAGGUAGAGGCAGGAGCAUCACCGAGACUCUCUGGUCAGCUAGCGUAACCUUUGUGAUUAGUUAGAUUCUGGGCCCCUGAGAGACCCUGUUUUUAAAAUAGUGAGGUAUACACAGUGAGGUGCUUGCCAUCAAGCCUGAUGACCUGAGUUCAAAUCCCCAAGGCCCACAUCGUGGAAGGAGAGAACUGACUCCCAAAAAUUAUCCUCUGACCUUCACACCCACUUUGGCAAGUACACACACACACACACACACAGUCUGGACUUAGCUGUUUCCUGGGCACAUCCCCACUGAAACAUGGAGUAGAAGGUGACUGAAGCCCCAGGACCACCAGGGAUGGCACAGAGCCCUAACACGGACCGGGUAUCAGAGAGGCCACUCAGUCAGUCAGGGAGAGGAGGUCAGGUUAGAGGCAGAAGGAGGGCAGCCACAGUUAAGGGAGGUGUGCCAUGCAGCCUGCUGUCAGCCUCGAAGCUGCUUGAGUCACCUCUGCAUGUAACUGGGAUGACACAGCUUCCUGAGAUUGCAAAUGCAAGGUGACCAGACGUCCUCUAGGCUAGGCAGACAGUUGUGGCUUAUGGGAGGGCAGCCAGCCAGCCAGAGCUGGGUGGAGAUGCCCAGCCACGCUCUGUGGGAGGACAGCAAACUGAAAUCUUAGUGGUCUGCAGUGGCAGGAGCUCAUUGGACCAGCUGUGGUGUGUGUUUCAUCAGCAUGUGGCCACUGUAUGUCGGUAAUGUGUUAGCUCCAUGUACCCUCAGGGUCCUGGAAAGGGUACUUGGCUCUGGGUAUUUGUGAGAAGCUCUUGAGCAGAGGUGGCCACAUCCUUAGUGGCUUUAGGUUCUGUGGCUCUCAGCUAUCUGGGGCUUGAACCUGUUUUUUUGGACAGAAUAGGUCUUUCCCUCUCCUCAUCACCCACCCUGCUCCCUUCCCCCAUUCUGGGAGACCAGGAACCUGAAGAGCACACAUCCUGGUCAGCUGGAUUGGGGGCUGCAGUUGCUGUUACUCUGCGGAACCCCUGGGUUGGUAUCACAGUUGCAGCAGAGUGAGGUGUGUGACCCAGGUUACGCACUACCCCGGGGAACAUGGAGACCCUCUGAGACUUUUUCUGGUCCACUGUUGCACUAGUAGCAAGGUCUCUGUAGUUCCCUAUCUGUUUCUCCUUUGGACCUGGCCAUGGUCCUCUUUGCUGUGUGCUGGGACUGCCAGGAUGUUGUGCAGGAGGGAGGUGAGGCUGUAAAUGCCCCCAGUAGUGCAGUCAAUGCAGUGUGGUGCUGGGGAACUGCUUCCGGAGUGAAAGUAGGAUAGGAGAUGCAUGCCUGGCCCCCCUCCCCUCCGGAGAAAGACAGUCUGCUAGGGCCUGGGCUACCUGCUGUCUCUGGGCGCCAGGCUGGAUUCCCACGCUCUGUGGUGUGCCUCCCUGCUCGUUAUGCACAGGGCGUCUUCUACCCCAGUCCAUCCUGAAAUGGAAGGAGCUGGGCAGAGGAGGGGGAUCUUCCUAAGUUGUCCAGGUUGACUUUGAACACACUCUGUAGCCCAGGCUGGCCUUGAACUUGUAAACUUCCCAAGUUCUAGGAUGACAGACCUGGUUUGGCCUUUGAUGGGUAGGGUGGGACUGUACCCAUUGGCUUGGUGUAUAAGGGACACACUGAGUUGCUGAAAAUCUCUGUCCCUUAGAUCGUCCCCCCAUGAUUGCCACCAGGCAGAAGGGCAUGCCUCUGUCUGACUCAGGGCCAACGUGGACCUCACCUUUCACCUGGACAGACUUCUACAAUGUUAGUCACGAAGGCUGCAGUCAGAGUUAGUUUGACAAGGGGUACAGGUGCUCCUGCUGAACAGAGUUCCAGGAACUGGACAGGGUGGGCUGGGGUAAACACAUUAGCUCAGUAUAAGUCAGGACUCCUGAGUGGGGGCUUCUCACUACUUGUCGUCUCUGGGAUCUUUUCGCUCACCCUCUUUUUCUGAGGAAAUGACCCCGAGCAUUGGGAGGUGUUGUCAUUUGUCCAUGGCUCUUGGGGUUUACUUAUUUUUAAGCCAGCUGAGGACUGAGGAAGGGUCCCUGAAUGCAGCAGAAGCCCAUAAAGAGGGUGGACAUGGAGAGAGCCAGGGAGGGGCCCUUCCUGCUGGCCAGGUGGCCUCCAUCCAGUGGUCAGUUGACUCUCAUGGGGUCACCUGGGGGCGUAAGCCCCUGCCCUGUGCACAUCCUGGCCACCCGGUGUCACGGUACCAUCACUAUGGGGGUGGGGAGAUUCCCGCCCGUCACUAAGCGCUGGCCUGCACGUCUCAGCACCCUUGGGUCUGAGUUGAGUCCCCCUUCUUCCCCGGCACCUUCCUUUUCCGCUGGCAGUGGCCCCUGGGGCCCGUGAGCAUGCGGGUGGGAGGGGUGUCCUUGUGUGGGAAUGUGAGCCGGCUCUGUAAACAGCCCGUGACUCACCACAUAGCUAUGUCACUGACGCUGGGGUUGCAAGUUGGAAGAGAUGCCCAACCCCUCCUCCCUCCUUACACGGAAAACUUUCUCAGGGCUCCUAGGCGCCUGGCUUCUGAGAGCUCCUAAUGGAGCUAAGGAAGCCCAUGACUUCUCUGGUGCCGCUGUUCCCUAGCUGGGGCUGGAAGGGGUCUGUGGAUACUACUUUGCCCACAUCCCCAUGUGAUCUCUUAUCAACAGUAGAUCACCCCGACAAGCCCUUGUCCAUCUCAGGUCCCAGGGGAUACUGUGACAGGUCCAUGCUGCUUUACCUAAGCUUCCUGGCCCUGCCCCUGUCCUGGUCUGCUGACUGCCUACUGAGUGUGACCCGUACUGUCACCAGGGUACUACAUUCAUUACCAGAGUCAGUACCUUGUCUCUCGAUGGUGGCUUCCUGGCAGUAAGGGUGGUAGGCAGUGGAGACAGGAUCCCAUCAGAGGUGAAUCACAGGGUGGAGAGAUGGAGCCUACAGGUCCCCCACAUUUGUGGGGGAAGGUACAGUGGAGGUCAUCCACUGUCUUUUUCAUACCUGUUCUCCACAUUCUUCUUUUGUGUGAUUUCCCUAAUGUUCCCUGUUCUGUGCCCAUCUUUGUCAGGGUUUGAAAUACAAGAGGUAGGGGUGUAUCCCACCAAGAGCUGUCCCUGCCCCUCUUACUCCUUCCUCAAUUUGUCAGGGAAUUGAGUGGUUUUGUUUACUGCCUGAGAACCUCGUGUUGUCUUUCUGCACAGGCUUGACCCACAAGUCCCAAAUGCUUUUGGGCUUCUCUGUUGCCAUGGCAACUGUGGGGGGUUGGCUACAUCCCAGAGUCGUCAUGGCAACUAUCAGAGGGGAAUCAUGCUUGGGAUGCUUUGGCUGGCUUUUUCAUGAAUGAUGAGGGUGUGUGACACAAUGCAGACUGGAGAAUGAGAAGGGCGGGCAAGGGGGCUGGCGGGUUGGCCAUGGGGACAGGGCCUGCCAGACAGCCCGGUAAGUCUGCCAGGUGGCUGGAGUUCUCUGCUGGUGUCUCUGGCUGGAUCCUCUGAACCUACUACCCACCAGUAGCCCCCCACCCUACCCAUAGGGACCUUGGGGUCACUCUGAAGGGCUGGGAUGGCCUGGGAGGAGUGGUGAUGUCACAGCUGCAGUGUCCUUCACGCUGCUACGAUUUCCUGGUGGUUCCGUCCUGGUGACAGGGCCCGGGUUAUGACGACUAAUCCCAAGCCCAACAAGACAUUGAAGGUCAAGAAGGAGGCGGGCGAGAACGCCCCUGUUCUUAGCGACGAUGAGCUGGUGUCCAUGUCGGUGCGGGAGCUGAACCAGCACCUGCGGGGGCUCACCAAGGAGGAGGUAACUCGGCUGAAGCAGCGGCGGCGCACACUCAAGAACCGAGGCUACGCCGCCAGCUGUCGCAUCAAGCGCGUGACACAGAAGGAGGAGCUGGAGCGGCAGCGGGUGGAGCUGCAGCAGGAGGUAGAGAAGCUGGCUCGUGAGAACAGCAGCAUGCGUCUGGAGCUGGAUGCCCUGCGCUCCAAGUACGAGGCCCUGCAGACCUUCGCACGCACCGUGGCCCGAGGGCCUGUCACACCCACCAAGGUGGCCACCACCAGUGUCAUCACCAUCGUCAAAUCCGCAGAGCUCUCCUCCACCUCUGUGCCCUUCUCAGCGGCCUCCUAGUGUCUGCUGGGGCCGGGCAGGGUGCGGGCAGUGGCACAGCCCUCAUGCCUAUCCCAGGCUCCCUGGUACAGAUUCCUCAUGUCUACCUGCCCACUGUGGACCCUGCAGGGCUGAGGGCAGGGACGGCAGGGACAGGCAGAUGCAGGAUAAAAGGGAAGCUCUCAUGAGCCAGUGCCACAAGCAACCCCCACUCACAUCUCUCCUUCCCCUGGGGGUACGUCUCUAGGAGCUGACAGGAACCACACGGGCAACCGCGAUGAACAACUCUAGGCCUCUGUGGCAGAGUGUGAGGACUCAGUCUUCCACUUCUCCGGUGCCUGCUUAUCAGCGUCAUCGGUGCCGUCCCCUCUAAGGGCCUCCAGCUGGGUUGGACACCAUCUGUCUGUCACUUCUGGGCUCUGGCCUUCCUGUCCUUACUAAAGGGCGCUACAACCUGCUUUAGCCCUUAGGUAGAGCCAGGCCCAUGUCCUGGGAAACAGUUCCUGAUAUAGCCACUUGCAGGGGCUAAUGUAUGUGUUCCUGUGUGUACACAGGCUACCAUCACAGCCUGUGAAGACCGGAAACUGCUGGCCAAGUGGGAGAGCCUGGCCGGUAUGUGUGCUGAGGGUUACACAAGUGUCAUGGAGUGUCCCUGGAAGUCUGGUAGGCUGCACCCCAUUGUGGUGCAGGGGCCACCUGUCCACAGAGCCAGCAAACAGCCAGGCUCGGGUUCUCUGGGCCUUAGCAGAGGGGAGAGGCUGGAGAGGAGCAGGGGAAGCCUGAGAGAUGCUAAGGGGUAUGUCGGUGGCGUGUGUGUGUUGUUGCGGAAAGAACAGGAAUGAAGUAGACAGGGAUAGUGUGGAAGCCGAGGUCCAGGGGAUGUGGAAGAGGCCGAGAGGAAUACUGUGGAGGGACAGAGACGACUUCUGGAGGGCCUUAUGCACAUAGCCAUUGUGGGCAGGUCGGCAAGGACCCCAGGCAGACUAUAGGUCACAAAUACUCUGCAACUUUGGUGUCCAAUUGUUACCUGCCUUUUCCUCCUUCAUAGCACUCUGGGGCCACUGGCCAUCUUGGUUUUUUUUAACUGAAGGAAUUGUGUCCUCCAGAUCCUGGGGAAUAUGGUGGACAGGGAGUCAGGGGCAGGCUGAACUACAGCCAGGCACUUAGAAAGCACUGUUGGAACCAUAGCCUUGGUAGGUAAUCCAUAUUGGAUAUCAAUAAGGACCAUGGAUAUUUAAAGAGAGAAGAUAUAUAUAUAUAUAUAAUUAUACACACAUUUUAUCGUACAGAUUUUUCAUAACAAUUUUCUUUCCCAGUUUGAUACUGUAGAUCUUUAUUAAUGCAGAGUAGGUUGGACAGUGGGGUGGGGAACGGAGGCCCAGGGUGCCAACAGCCUCCCUCAGUCUUUCUGUGGUGGUGCUGGCAGGCCGGGUCACUGGAUGAGUGGUCUCCAGGGUAGGCAGGUGACCACUGACUGGCUUGCUGCCCGCUCCUGGCCUCUGGUGGUCCUCCUGGGUGGAGGCCCCAUACUCUUGGCGGCCAGGGGAGACAGGGCUGUCAGUACCACUGGAGCACCUGCAGAGGACACCUGCCAGGAGGGGGCUGGGAAGGGUGUGAGCAUGCCCCAUGGCUUCGUGUCACUGAAAUUUCAUUGUCACAACUUAAUAAUAUAUGGAUGUUUUUAUUUAAAGAUAAAAGUGAGUUUUCUGUCUUGUUCCUCUGACUUCUUAAAGCAAGCUUUAACUAUUUCAAAAGGUGUCAGGGACACAUGCCGAUCAUGCCGAGGCCUGGCAUCCUCAGCCGCCUGCCACUUGGCAAUUUCAUUUCAAUAUUUAUUUUUUUUUUGUGCUUUUUUUCCCCCAUGUUAUAAAUUAUUGAGAAGAGAUCAAGAUCACAGACUGUUGGCCCCGUCUGCACCCUGCCUCAUGGCCACCACCUAAUUUAUUGCUGUACAUGUCGCCGUGACUGCUUUUGUAUCUUUGCAAUAAAGAAUUUCCUGUUUGAGA